AUGAGUGAUUUAAAUGUGUUUGUCACCUCAGAUUUAACUUCAUCGGAAAGAAGGAUUUCACCUCAAUGGAAUUUAAAAUACCUCAAACAAAAAUUAGAACAAAUAACAGGAAUUGAACCUCAAAAUCAAUUAAUUCAAUAUUUUCCAAAUAAAUAUUCAAAUGAGUUUAUUAAAAUCACAACACAACCCAAUGAAAAUGAUGAAGAUGUAUUAUUAUCAAGUAUAAACAUCAAAAAUUAUAGUAGAAUUCAUAUAAUUGAUUUAGAUCCAAAUUCAACUACAAAUCAAAUAUCAUCUGUUAUAUCCCCAUCAGUACAAAAUCAACAAGAAGAAUUCAAAUUAUCGGAAGAAGAAUAUCAAAAAAGACAAGAUUCAGUAUUGUCAUGGAAACAAUCCCAAAAAUUAGGAAGAUUUGAUCCUGAUUAUGAAAUUUUGCAAAAAAAAAUAGAAAAAGAAAAUCAAGAACAACUAAGUAAAAUAAAAGUAGGAUUAAGAUGUAGAGUUAUAAAUAUUGAAGGAGAAAGACGUGGAACUGUAAAAUUUGUAGGGAAAAUUGAAGAUUUAGAUCAAAGUAAAAAUGAUUGGGUUGGGAUUGAAUUUGAUGAACCUGUAGGUAAAAAUAAUGGUGAUAUUGAUGGUAUACAAAUUUUUGUAUGUAAACCAAAACAUGGGAGUUUCGUUAAACCGAAACAAGUUGAAGUUGGAGACUUUCCUGAGAUAGAUCCAUUCGAUGAAGAUGAUGAUGAAGAUAUGGAUGAAGAAUUGUAA